UGACACCGCCACCCGAAAGAACGUCCAUACGCGCUCAUCCACUAUAGCCCAAGCCCAGACCUGCACUACUCGAGGUUCUACAGUUUCUCGUAGUUCAUCAGCCGAUGCGGAGUCAAUUCUAGGCGCGGACUACCAAGAAUACCCCUUCCAGGGCUUCCUCAAGUGCGUGAGGAUCGGACGAGAGACGACUUACAACCUAGAGUUCAGGCUGCUAGAUCUUCCAGAUUCGUUCAGACCAUCAAUCGGUCUCCACAUAUCAAAUUCCACGUCUAGCGGGGAAUCAGUUGGGGAUUCAGCUCAUCCACGGGUUUGCGCAUCUCAUGCAAAGAAAUCACGGCCAGCUCUGCAGAAGCAGAGAAAGCGACCGCCUUUGCGAGAACGAAUUGUGAGCAGACCUGGUAGGCAUUCGACAUAUUCAGAAGACGACGACGAACUGUUGAUACAGCUGAAAGAGGAUGACAAAUUGCCAUGGGACGAAAUUGCAGAAUACUUCCCGGAAAGGACCAAAGGGUCGUUGCAAGUGCACUACACCACAAAGCUGAAGAACCGCUCGCAGACCUCUAAGUGCAAGAAACGCAAGAUAACGAACUCAGCUAAAGAAAGCGGGGAAAGAUAUCCAUCCAGGUUUUCGAUGGACUUGCUUGAUCCACAGCUUCAAGAUGCUCUUCCUUCUUCCACAUCAAUUCUACCAGGAACGGCUGACUCGACCGAGGAUGCUCACGGAAGCAUACUGUCAACUACAUCAGGAAACAUAGAAAGCGCGGAGGUUCAGCCGCUUCGUAGCAGCCAAGGAGUAGAAAGCAAUCUAGUUGCCAUCGACGCCACGGAAGCGAGGUGGGAGGUUGAAGCGCUACUUGCCAAGUCAAAAGUAGGCAACGUGAUUUGGUACCUCGUGAAGUGGGCAGGCUUCCGGGAUGAGGAUAAUACGUGGCAGAAACGGAACGACAUCAAUUCAGAUCUCAUCAAUGACUUUGAGGCGAGCUAUCGAGGGAACUAUUUGGGCGUGCAGUUACUCAAAAAACGAGAACGGAGAGGAAAGAUUGAAUAUUUUGUUCAGUGGAAGGGUCGUCCAGCGGCUGAGAAUACUUGGGAGAAGGAAGUUACGAUAAACCGUGAACGAAUAUUAGAGUUCGAGGCAAUGUAAUGGAGAGGGAAACUACUCCAUAAGUCUCUAUGUAUUGAUCAUGAACGCGGCGAAUCGCAGAUUCAAUUUUUGUCUCACGUGACAACUUAUGGCGUGCAAGUAGGGAUCAAAGGAGCUAGCCAUAAUCCCGAUAUAUACUUGCGAACUCCAACUUAAAAUAACGAAAUAACGCUACGUUGAGACCAUACUAUAGUUGCCGCUUUAAUGAGACGAGGCCAGACUCAUUCUGCCUUAUAUUAUAUGUUUACUUCGCGUGCUUGACUCAAAUUGGUUUCGUCCACCGAGUCUGCUGUAUGCACAAUUAGGCGGUGAGGACUCACCAGGCAGCAUCGCAGGGAGCUUCUCGUUUAGAAAGACCACCCCUGCACCACCAUUUGUCAGGCCCAAAGACGAAAUGUUGGCAAUUCAGUCCCACAGUAACGUUCACUACCCAAGUGAUACUAUACCGUUGCGCACAAGUAAAGAGAAAUGGAGGGCCCACCGUCAAAACAAAAGCCCAGAAUUAACGACACUGGGAUUUCCACCCUUCACGAUCCGAAAGAAGCCAUAGCAGACAUUAUCUUUGUCCAUGGCUUACAAGGCCACCCCCGAAAAACAUGGACUUGCAACAGUACUGCGCCAAACCUGGAAAACUCGAAUAAAACAACCAGAAUUUCACCUUGGGGAAUUAGGAAACUGUUGUCAUUCAAACAUAAAAUAGGGUCCGAAGAUGGGCACGAGCAUCGAACACAUGAGGUUUUUUGGCCUCUUGAUCUUCUUCCUGGAGAUUGUUCAAAUGCUCGGAUUCUCACAUGGGGCUAUGAUUCAAAAGUCUCACACUAUUUCAGUGGACCUGCGAGCCAAAGCAAUAUAACUGCACAUGCUAAAAAUCUACUUGCUGCAUUAAGGAUCUGCAGAUUGGGUUCCCAACAGAGGAGCCUCAUAUUUGUCGCACAUUCUCUGGGCGGGAUCAUCGUGAAAGAUGUCCUUCGCCGCGCCGCUACCGAUACGGAAUUUGAUAUGAAAGAUAUCUAUGCAUCCACCGAGGCAAUACUUUUUCUUGGGACGCCACAUCGAGGAAGUGGUAAGGCCGAAAUUGCUGAAGUUCUUCGAAAAAUUGUUUCGGUUUCAGGAUUCGAUACAACAAAUCAAAACAUCCGAAGCCUCCAGAUCGAUAGCACCGAACUUGAGCUUAUACACGAGCUAUUUAUGAGGCUCUAUGGGCAGAACGAUCGUCAUUUCAAAGUAUUGACCUUUCAAGAAGCUAAGGGUGUGACGGGAAUAAGCUAUCUUAAAAUGAAUGAGAGGGUUGUGGAACCUUUCUCAUCUUCACUCACUGGCACUGAACCAACCCAAACCAUAAACGCAAACCACAUGUCGAUGUGCCGAUAUCCGAGCAGAGACGAUGAAGGGUACCGGCAAGUUUCGGGAGAGAUCCAGAUCCUCAUAAGCAACAUACAGAAGAGAAAGGAACAUGACUUACUUGAAAUGGAGAGAAAUAUUGCGAACUUGAAGACUGGGUCUCCCAGUCAAAUGACAACAGCUUCUGCAGCUUCCUCCUUAAACGAUGUGGAGAGAAAGUGCAUGGCACUUCUGACACAAAAUACACAAAAUGUGGCUGAGUACAAGUCAUCUCUUCCCAGCCGCGUAGAGGGUACUUGUCAGUGGAUUUUGUCAAAUUCGCAGUACCGUGAUUGGAGCUUGCAGAAUGAAACGUGCCUCCUCUGGAUUAGUGGAUAUCCCGGGAGCGGGAAAACCAUUCUCUCGGCUUAUCUUCUAGAAUAUCUCAGCGCAGGCGAAUUGUCCCCGGGCCUUCGUACGACACUGUGCUACUUUUUUUGUGACGAGAAGAUUGACACGCAGAGAGACGGCAAGGCUAUUCUCAGGAGUAUCAUCCAUCAGCUCCCUGUCCGGCGUCGUUUGUUAAUCAAGUACGUCAAGACUGCGUACGAUUUUCACGGCCCACAGUUUGACAGAAGUUUCAAUGAACUGUGGAGAAUCUUCGUUGCAAUGGCUGGGGACAAGCGGAUAGGGCCUAUCAGCGUUAUCAUCGAUGCUAUUGACGAGUGUGAAGAGAGAACGAGAGAACGCUUUCUAAGAAGCAUCGUCGAGCUCAUAGACCGGUCGCGAUCGACGGGCUCCAGCACUCCUUGCAUCAGGUUCCUUAUAACAAGCCGACCUUUUUUAGGGCGCGUGUAUACCACGAACUAUCUGCAAAUUGACCAAUCCCAAAGCCACAUCGAGCAAGAUCUAAGGCUGGUGAUACAGACCAAAGUUGAUGGCAUCGCGAAGCGAACUCAGUGCAAGCCUGCUGCAAGAGCAUACCUUGAGAAUGCUUUGUAUUCAAAAGCUGAUCGAACUUUCCUUUGGGUCAUGCUCGUCCUCCAUCUCCUAGAAAGGAGCCUUUUGGCGUCGCAAAGGGAUUUCAUGCGCAUCAUUGAUGAAUUGCCGAAUAAUUUGACCACCACGUACGAACGAUUCCUGCAGGGCAUCUCCACAGAAUACCAAACGCUCGCUACUAGGCUGCUUCAUUUCCUCGUCGGAAGCUCAAGACCACUGACUCUAGAUGAAAUGCGAAUUCUAAUUGCAGUACAGGACCAUCACCGCAAUGUGGCCGAAGUCGAAGAAGAUGCCCAACCGAAUAUGCGAAAAACAAUCGAGGGGGUAUUGGGUCCACUAGUGAGGGUUUGGGAUUCCCGGAUCUAUCUGGUUCAUCAGUCUCUCAAGGAGUUCCUUCACGGUCUUUUAACUCGGACGGAGAGCCCUCUUUCAGCCACCUACGGCAUCGACCCAAGCAAGGCAAACUUAUUAUUAGCCAAGGCUUGUGUGUCGUAUCUGUUGCUUGAGGAUUUCAAAGAUGACCUCUUCUCAAAGGAUCGAUCAGAUACCACAGGUUCUCCAGAUUCUACACUCACGAUUCACGACGACGUGGGAAGUAUCGAACAGACGUGGGAUCCGUUUGAUUUGGGAGAAGACAACCUGUUUAAGGACUCCGAAGAAUCCGAGGCAGAAGCCUGUGUAUCUAUUACAACACAGUACUUAUUAUUUGGCUAUGCUGCGAGGCAUUGGGCGGAGCAUUUCCUAUCAGCCGGCUCAAUAAGCCCGCCUGAAUUACAAGAAUCCGUGAAUUUAUUGUCAAAUGGGAGCAGUUCUAUUGGAUUAAACUGGUUGAGAUUCUACUGGCAUUACGCAGAGAUGCAUAUGUCUUGUCCUCGAGAUUUUUCCUCCGUCGUGACGGCGAGUUAUUUUGGUCAUUUGUCAAGCCUGAAAUUUCUCUUGCGCAAGGGUAUUUCCAUCGAAUCAGAUAUAGGGGCGUACAGUGUAUACUGGGCAUCACGUAUGGGACAUCGUGACGUAGUAGAUCUUCUCCUUCGAGAGGAAAUCAGUCCGGACAAGAGGAUUGUUGACGGCCAAAAUGCUCUCAUUGCUGCUGUUCAAUUCAACCGCUUAGAUGUGGUGAAGCGCCUCUUGAAAGACGAGGGAUUUAUCUUUGAACGAAAUGAGUACCGAGUCAAUCAUGCUGCGAUGGGCGGUCGGACACCUUUAUCCAUAGCUGCCUGUAAUGGCUUCGUCGAUGUCGCCAGGCAACUUCUCCAACACAGUCAAAUCCAACCCGAUAUAGCGGAUAUCGGCCACUGGACGCCCUUAUUCUGGUCCGUUGCUGGGAAAAACUUGGACAUGGUCCGGUUGCUCAUUACAGACGGUCGUGUUUCUGUGAUUCACGCGGACAGGUCAGGUCGAAAUACGCUGUCUUGGGCCGCUUCGGCAGGUGAGCUUGAGCUCGUAAGAUAUCUCAUGAGCCUGAAAGAUGUCAGGGCCGACGAACCAGAUCACAAAGGUCGAUCUGCAUUGUCUUGGGCAGCAGGUAAUGGACACAUGGAAACAGUUGCCUUUCUCCUGCGAAGCGGGCGUGUUGAUCAAUCCAGAAAGGACAGAGAUGGGCGAAGUGCAUUGUCGUGGGCUUGUGCGGGCGGCCAUCACAAGGUGGUCAAAUAUUGGAUCCAGCAUGAUAGCCACGGGAUCGAUGAAGAAGAUGUGGACGGUUGGACGCCAUUGGCAUGGGCUCUCUUGAAUAACGCCCCCCAGACAGUGCAAAUACUCCUUGAUUCGGGGCUUUUGGACGUGAAUAAGAAAGAUAGGAGCGGGCGUAGUGCUCUUUCUUUUGCUGCAGGUUAUGGCUAUCUGGACAUCGUCGAGAUAUUACUAAAGAUCAAAGGUAUUGACGUUGAAGGCAAAGAUAACGAGGGACGGACACCUUUGUCACGUGCGACACGACAUCCAGAAAUCGUGAAGAAAUUGCAGGGGUUGAAACAAUAAAUACUUCCAUUGUAUUUAAUGGUAUAUCUGGGGGGCAUGGUACUUCUUCGCUAUCCGAUAUUCGACACCCAAGAACUGACACCACACCUUCUUCAACUCCCGAGCGCCACAUCAAGGGCCUCCAGAAGACUUGUUCCGCUCUGACCAUUCUUCUUCCAGCCCUUGUACCACGGACUUUUAGGAGAUGGUAACCUGUCAGUGAUGUUGUCACCUUUCAAUGCCGAGAUGGGGAUGAUAGGAACG